AUGCGAAUGCCUCCAUCCGCUCCUUCACGAGAGCUCCACCAUCUUGAGAGCGUUCCAAGACAUGCAGCGAUAGCCCGCCCUGGACGUGGAAAGCGAGUCCCUUCGCUGUCAUUCCAACCCAGCAAGUCUUCACAGUCGCUGUCGAGAAAGAACACUCGCUGGCCUCUUCAAGGAUCCCGACCUCCUUCAUCACACUCGCUCACCAUGGAUUGCAGCCAUGUUCGUUUACUAUCGCUGACGCCAUCCCGAGCCCGUGGAUCUUUUUUGGACUCCUUCGGCGCGCUGCUCACCAUCGUCCUCGCCUGCCUGCUGAUAAGGCCUGCCUCCGCAGUUCUGAUCCCUUUCGACAACUGCUUGCCCGACAGCUACCGGAACUUCAACCCGGUACCGCUGCAAUGGAGUCCCGUAUACGUAGACGCUCGCUUCGAUACCGAAAAUCCAGAUCACUAUCUUCGAAUCAUCGUAUGGGGCAAUGUGUCAGGCUCUCUAUACGAUGUGACUCUGCCUGCGAAAGGCGAUCCGCUCUGGAACGAUUCUAGCCACACGGAUGGCAAAAUCCUCGACUACACGAGAGAAGGGAAUAAAGUCACAACUCUUGCCAGCAAGGUUAAUUUCUUGACCUACGAGCCUUUCAGCAAUGUCUCCAGUUUCUGUAACUACAGUCUGGUCAACGGGUCAUGUCCUCUGUCUCCAGUCUUCAACUCAACGGCCAUUACCGACCCUUACGGGAACUUACCCUCUGUCAACAUUACGGCCAAGAUGGAUUCGUCUUAUGCAUUCACAUCGCUAGCUGCGACUUUGCAAGUCAUUUACGGCGACGAUUCUGCGAAACAUAUCGCAUGUGCUUCUGCCACAGUAACUCCGGACUUGGGCAGUCUCCGCGACCUUUUGCGGUAUCUGCCGCUUGUUGUUCUUCUUUUCGUAGGGUUAGCGACCAUGUUUGCCUCCGUUUUCAGCCCGUGGGGUUCGACAGACAUCUUUCACUGGACGACGAAUUAUGGACGAGAUGCUGAUCUUUUGCGCCUGGUGACACCAGGAUUUGGAGAUUGCCUCCAGUAUAUCCAGUUUGUCGCUCUCACCGGUGGGCUAACUCUCAGUUAUCCCGGAUUUUACCAACCAGUCGUCAGUCAGGUGGGUUGGUCCGCGUUGAUGUUCAACGAGAGCUUCGUGAGCAAGUCCCCAGGCUGGCAAUCGAUUCAAGACGGCAUUUACGUGACCAAUGGCUCUUACGGACUGCACCAGUAUGCACAAAUGGUGGGCAUGACAGAUGUCGAGGAUAUUUGGGCGGGAACGAUGGUUUGGGUCUGCGUCAUUGUCGCAGCCCUCUUCGUCCUCAUCCAAAUCGGCUUCUUCUUCCGCUGGGUGCUUCGAUUCAUCAGCGAUACCCCUGAAGAGGACCUCCGUGCUAAGAACAUUCCGUUCUCCGUGGGGAACGUUGUGCGUGUCGUCUUCAACUACCUCUUGCUACCCAUUGUAGCACUAUCAACAUUUCAACUGGUGGUUGCGAGUCAGUCACGCGAGUUUGCCGUUGCUCUUGCUGCCAUCACCCUCCUCAUGCUGGUAUGCUUUGCCGCAUGGCUCCUGUACCUGAUUUUUAGGACCCGGCCAAGAGCCGUUCUGUUCGAUGAUUUGCCGACUGUAUUGCUCUAUGGCCCCCUUUACAACACCUACUCGGACGAGGCGGCGGCCUUCGCUUUAAUUCCUGUCACGUUGACAUUCAUACGCGGCAUUGCCAUUGGCGCAGUACAACCUGUCGGCAUCGCACAAAUCGUCCUGCUCGCCAUCUGUGAAGUUGUUCAUCUCCUGACGCUUCACGCGUUCAGGCCUUUCCAGUCUCCGACAUCUAUGAACGCCUAUCAUACGCUCUUCUCUGCCUUAAGGUUCACCACCGUCAUGCUCAUGGUAGCGUUCGUACCGCAAAUGGGUGUCACAGAGGGUCCCAAAGGAUGGAUCGGCUACACCAUCCUACUUAUUCACGCCUGCGUGUUGGUUCUUGGAUUUUUUCUGAACGCCUUGCAAACCAUGAUUGAGGUGACUGCGCGGCUGCUCGGUGCUGGAGGCGACGACACACGGGGCCUUCAACGCGGCGGACUGUCAAAGAUAUUUGGCAUGCGACAGUUGCAACGUCGUACCUCUAGAAGGGAGAAUGGUCCUUCCAGAGCAAGCCAACUGUCGACCACGGGCAUGCUCGACGCGGACGAAAACUCAAAGACUGGAUACGUAAUGCGUGGAGGCAGACUGAGGAGCGAGUCGGCAGGAAGCGGUUUCCUCCUCCGAAGCCAACAACGGAGCUCUUCCGCACUAGACAGCAUUGACCCGUACAACGGCCAAGUUCGCAACUUUGACAGUGGUAGCAACAUCACCCCAACAACGCCAGGCGAGGUUAGCACAUUCUCAUUCCUUCCGUCACCUGCUGCAGCCACUCGACCUCCUGCUGCCGUCACCGUCGAAUCUGCCGAUCCAUACUACCGACCUCCGCGACGCCGCGGUGACACUCUCAAUGGAUCAUCCACAUCCCUACCACAGCGAGCCUCUGUUGCCGAUUCUCGACGUUACAGCCAGGGAGGUGCACAUCUUGGCGACGCUACGGCAGACUUGGAAGCACAACUGUCAAGGGGCCCGACUCCUGCCCCUCAAGCCCCUCAAGCCAUCAACUUGACCCCGAGAGCAGACUACUCGACGAGAGAGGUGGACUUUUACUACGGCGUUCGGGGACCCGCUCUCAACUCGGAGGGCAUCGGUCGUAAAUUGAGGACUGGCCCCGCCGAUCCGACCAAGCCUAUGGCUACCGCCGCAGGAUGGUUCCGCAAUAUGUUUGGGGGCAAGACGAAGGAGAAGGGCAAAGGGUUCGAGGUUGUGCGAAGCUCGCGGAUGCCUCCAGCCAUGCGUGCGGCGGCCGACGCCGAGUACGAUGCCGAGCCGCCACCAGAGGGCAUUCCGGUGGCUAUGGGUGUUUUGAGAAAUGGACCCAUUGAAUCCGAUGACGAUGAACCAAAGAACAAAGCGACACGGAAACACCCCGAAAAUGCAGAGAAUUCGGAAAAUCUGCUUAAUGAUGAUGGGGUUUCGGUCAUCUCAGUCGAAUCAGAGAUCGAGGAGAUCGGAAUACAGAAAGUGUCUGAUGCACCACCAACCUUGCCAGGAAUUGCGAGUUCCGGCAGCUUCAAGCUGCCCAGCCGGGUCCCGUCCAAGGCAAGCUGGUCAGCCUCACAGAAACUCAGGCGCCAAUCCACGGAGUCAGACAUCCCCGAAAUACCUCGGAAGAGCUCAAAGAGAGACUCUGGUAUGGCCCAGGGGCAUUCCCCAGCUCCUUCGUUCAACCUGAUACCGCCAACGUCACCCGCUGAGCCAUCACAUGGCGAGCCUUCGGGAAGCACAACAGUACACGGUAGUCUUACGUCGUCUCCCAACCCCGGGCGACUUCCCUUUGAGCGAACAGAAUCUCAUCAGAAACGACUCUCUUCCACUGGUUCAUCCUUGGAGGAGUUCAAUAUUCGUAGGACGCCAAGUACUGAGCGGCCAACCAGUUAUGGAGUAGUCGCGCAGCAUAGUAUCAGCAGAGUUGACCCUGGCUCCGAUCAGCAGGUCGAUCUACUAGAGACUUCUGCCGAACUCGUCGACGAACGAGGGCCUUCCAGCAGGAGUUCAUCGGCGGGAGUCGGAGGUUAG